AUGCUCGUCCUGGGGAUUGAGGGGUCUGCCAACAAGGUGGGAGUGGGCUUGCUUCGGGGAUCAUAGAUCCUCGCCAAUCCACGCAGGACCUUCUGCAGUCCUCCCGGCACCGGCUUCCUUCCCAAGGAAACUGCUGAGCACCAUCGGGCGGUCCUCAUUGAACUUGUCAAGCAAGCCCUCUAGUAAGGUAAGGCCAAAAUAACAGAUGUCCAGCUCAUUUGCUACACAAAGGGGCCUGGGAUGGCGCCUCCGCUAUUGGUCUGCGCAGUAGUCGCCAGGACCUUAGCACUGCGCUUUGGAAUCCCUCUGCACGGAGUCAACCACUGCAUCGGGCAUAUCGAUGGCAGACUGGCUACGGGGCUGCAUCACCCUACGGUGCUUUAUGUGUCGGGAGGGAAUACACAGGUCAUUGCAUACUCAAGGCGCAGAUAUCGAAUCUGAGAAGCGCUCGAUAUCGCGGUGGGAAAUUGUCUAGAUCGGUUUGCGCGGGCUGGUAUGUUGCCAAAUGAUCCGGCUCCGGGUACCACAUUAGAUGAUGGCUCGGGAGGCAAGGUGUACGUGCCAGGACCCUACUGCGUUAAGGGCAUGGACAUGUCCUUUUCCGGACUGCUCUAGUUCUACAGUAAAAAAGCGAGGGCCUUGCCUCCCAAGAAACCGGUCGCCUACACGAUGCAGGAUUUGUGCUUCUCCUUGCAAGAAACUGUGUUCGCAAUGCUAGUCUAGGUCACCUAGAGGGCGAUGGCCCUGUCCAAUUCAGCAGAAGUUAUCGUGGUUGGCGGGGUGGGGUGUAACCUGCGCCUACAAUAAAUGGUUCGGACCAUGGCACAGGCACGAGGAGGACGGAUGGGCGGGAUCGACGACCGGUACGCGAUCGACAACGGAGCCAUGAUUGCGUAUGCAGGGAUGUUGGACUACCAGGCAGGGGCGCGGAUGCCUUUCUAAGAGUCCUUCGUGACCCAGCGGUUUAGAACUGACGAGGUCGAAGUUAUUUGGAGGGAUGAUUGA